UUCUUUCCGUUUUUUGUUUUUUUAAUGGGAAAAUUCGCUUGUUUUUGGAGGUGGGUUCUUUACUUUCUGAUUGGGUCUUUCUUAAAAUGAUGAGAUAGCUUGUGUUAUUUAUUCGUUCAUAAUUGUGUAACUAGCUCUAGCUCUGAGUUGAGCCUAUAAUCUUUGUUAUUUUAAUAAGGGGCUGAAAAGUUGAUUCUUUUUUUUAAUUGUAUAAUGAGAAUGUUGUUCAUUCAUGUCUUCAAACAAGGGGUAAAAGUUUCGAAUUUUUUGUGUUUAGUUCUGCAUUUCUUUUUAGUGUUUAUAGUAUAACAGUAUUGGCGUGGCCUCAGAAUUGACUAAGAUUGGCUGAAUAAUGAAGGUAUGGAGUCAUUCCUGUAAUGGCUGAUGUUUGGACAAAAGAAUGAAAACAUGUCAUUAGAUCAAUUAUUCAUAACAUUCUGCUGAAAAAAGUUUCGGAAACAGUGAGACAGACAAGUAUCUGCAUAUUGAACUUAUUGUAGAAGUGUCUGCCUUGCUAUAUGUGCUUGAGGAAAAAGUUAUGUUCGCUUAGGUUAUUAGUAGCUGCAACUGCAACAGGAGUAUCUAUGUUACCUAGGUAAGCUAUUGACAAUAAAAAUGUGACUCACUUAGAUUUCAUAUUUCAUUGGUUGGAUCCUUGGAUUGGAAAUUGUAGGGAUGGCACUGGUGUUCAAUUAAUGGUAUGCACUUUUGGGCACAUGUCUACAGAUGAUGUAUCACUGCUCGGAUGUUAAGAUGGUAACCAGUAGGAAUGGUAUUGGGGCAGUUUUGUGAUCAUAUAAUGUUACAAAAUUAAAAUAUCUGAGAUGUCUUAAUAACAAGAAAGAUAUAUAUUUUUAAAUAUCAGGGAUGGAAUCAUGUGCACUCCUGGUGCUAAAUGAUAAUCUGCUUCUGCACACACAUCCCUAAAAAAUGACCCUCAAACUGUACAGGGUGGGGAUGGCAGGUUACCAGUGGGAACAGGAGAGAUUGCAUCCCUAAUAAAUUUGAAAAUUACAUGAAGAGACAGAGAGGCUUUAGGAAAGAUCUUCUAUUGAUUCUAUUGGUUUAUGGCAUCUUUAUCAAGGACUAUGGCAUAGGAUUUAUUCUAGUCCAAAUGUUUUAGUUGCUGUUGGAAGGUAAUGACCUAAAGUUUCUUGUAAUGUGGUCUAUCAUAUUGACAAAUAAGAUAAAUAUUAAAACAGAACAGAGGGAAGUGAAUUUGUUGUCAAAAAUAUGAGAAAAAGUGUAUGUAAUGAUUCUGUUAGCAACUCUGUGGUGGAUUACUGGCUAGGAAAAUCUUUCUGUUGACACUUCUUUCUUGGCUGCUUAGUGUCUUUAAAUUUGCAUAUUCUCCAAAUUAAUAUUAAAGGAGCAUGCAUAAUCCUGGGUGCAAAUUGUGAGAAUUUGUUUCCUUUGCUCUAAAAAUGAUACUUUCAAAGCAUUAGAUGUUGCCUAUUGUAUUUUAUUAAGGUCUUGUAAUAAGUUCUGUUGAAGAGUAAAAAAAUAUCCUAAUUUGCUUGUGCAAAUGCUCGAUGGGGCUGUGCGUACUUGAUAAAAUUGAUUGUUUAAGUUGCUUGUGCUAGAGAGGUUUGCAUUGUUAUCCAAUUUAUUCAGUUGGUUCUCUAACUUUGCAAAGUUUGUGUCUCAUUAAUCAAGCUUCUCGUAUCCAUUAAGUAUGUUAGUAUUACCUGGUGACACCAUCUAAUCCACACACAUUUUUUUCGUAAUUUUCCAUAUGAAAUUGCAGGAACAGAUAUUCAAGUUGAUGAAUUGGCUUUCUGGACAUGCAAGAAGAGAUCAAGAGAUGGAUGGCUAUAGAUAUGAAGAGGAGAAUGCAGUUUGCUUAUUUAGUUCUGAUGAAGAUACUGGGACACAGAUUCCAACCCAAGCCCAAUCUAUUGUGGAAGGGUCAGGGGCAGUUAUGGUUUCAGAAUUGAAACCUGUUCCUGAUGUAGAUUAUUUGCAGGAGUUAUUAGCAAUUCAGCAGCAAGGGCCUAGAGCCAUUGGGUUUUUUGGGACUCGGAAUAUGGGAUUCAUGCACCAAGAGCUUAUUGAGAUUCUUAGCUAUGCAUUAGUUAUAACUAAAAACCAUAUUUACACAUCAGGUGCAUCUGGUACUAAUGCAGCUGUUAUCAGAGGUGCUUUAAGAGCAGAGAAACCAGAGUUGCUUACAGUAAUAUUGCCACAGAGCUUGAAGAAACAACCACCCGAGAGCCAGGAAUUGUUAUCAAAAGUUAAGACUGUGAUAGAGAAGCCUUAUAAUGAUCAUCUACCUCUGAUAGAAGCUAGCAGGCUGUGUAAUAGGGACAUCAUUUCAAAUGUACAGCAAGUCAUUUGCUUUGCCUUCCAUGACAGCAAGUUGCUCAUGGAAACAUGCCAAGAAGCCAAGAGUCUGCGGAAAAUCGUGACUCUCUUCUACCUGGACUAAACAAUGCCAUCAUUUGUCUAUAAAUUAUUGGAGAUAAGAGGGAGAGCGCACAAGAAAGAGCAAGCUUUUGAUUGUAAAAAUUGGUGUAACCAUUUUCUUGUAGAGUGAACAAUGAGAAUGGGGCCAAUUUGCUCCUUUCAUCGCAAAAGUCCAGUGGGGUUCUUAUUGGUUCAUUGAAGACUGAAAAGGAAAUAAAUUUUUAUGCAUGUUCCGCAUUAACUGUGAAGCAUGGUUAGA